UGUCAACAUUUCUAUUUUUAAAAAAUGAAAGAAAAAAAUUUACAUUCCUUUGAUUCGAUCGAUUCGAUAGCUGUUAUCGAUGAAGAUAGGACUAUGCCUUCAAUCGUAAACUUUGUAUGCCGUUUGAUGUUAAUUCUAUCUCAUAGCCUUUUCUGGCUGUUAAAAUUGACAAAUAUCUAUUUUAUAAAUCUUUAUCAUCAUUUACGAUCACAUUGGAUUAAUAUUGAUUCUCAAACGAAAUCAAAUUUGUCUCGUGUUCCAAUGAAUCUAGCUAUUUGUAUUGGUUUAGAAGAUUCGAAAAUAAUUGAUAUGAAUAUAAUUGGUCAACUAUUAUGUUGGUGUCAAACAUUAUCGAUCAAAACAUUGACUAUUUAUCAUUAUUGUGAUGCAUUUCCUGAAUUGAACAACAAUACUCUUAACGGAAUUGAAGUGCAAACAAUUUCACUUUCAUCAUCGCAUCAAUCAUUGAUUGAAUCUGUUCGAAAAAUUUGUCAACAAAAAUUGCCAAUUACCAGUGAACAAAUCAGUCAAUAUCUACGUCAACAAGGAUAUUAUAAAUUUGAUGAUCCGGAUUUGUUGAUAUGUUUCAACGGUGAUCAACGAUCUCUUCAAGCAUUUCCACCAUGGCAGAUUCGUUUAACUGAAAUUGUUUUUCUUCAAUCGCAUAGACUUUUGAAUAAAAGUCAAUUUUUAUAUAUUUUGAAACAAUUUUCUCGAUGUGAGCAACGAUUUGGCAAAUAAAUACUAUUUAAAUUUAAAAAAAAUUGAAUCACCGUCAGGUAUUCUAAAAGUUUGAU